UGCGAUACCGGAGGCUGGGGCGCAUUAAAACAUGACGACUCAAUGGCGAACACAGAAACUAAUGAGAUUUUACGCAAAGGUCCUUGUUUGAGAUGACGUAAACGUCAAUAUUAACAAGUGUGAGCAGUGUUACAGUUUUUGGAGAGCAGGCUUUUUAGUUUGUGUUUUAUUUUGUUGUGUUUCAAAGUGAAAGAAAAUGGGGAAAGCGGAAUUCCUAUCGCCAAAAGCCAUCGGCAAUAGGAUCAAAUCUAAAGGGCUACAGAAAUUAAGAUGGUAUUGUCAGAUGUGUCAGAAGCAGUGUAGAGAUGAGAAUGGGUUCAAGUGCCACUGCAUGUCCGAAUCUCAUCAGAGACAACUAUUGCUUGCUUCAGAGAAUCCUGACCAGUUUAUGGACUACUUUUCAGAGGAGUUCAAGAAUGAAUUUUUAGAGCUGGUUAGAAGAAGAUUUGGAACAAAGAGGGUACACAACAAUAUUGUGUAUAAUGAGUACAUCAGUGACAGAGAACAUGUCCAUAUGAAUUCCACACAGUGGGAAACACUGACGGAUUUCACUAAAUGGUUGGGCAAAGAAGGCUACUGUAAAGUGGAUGAAACACCCAAGGGUUGGUACAUACAGUAUAUAGACAGGGACCCUGAGACCAUUGCAAGGCAGCAAGAACUUGAGAAAAAGAAAAAACAGGACUUGGAUGAUGAAGAGAGGAGUGCAAAAUUCAUCGAGGAGCAAGUUCGGAGAGGAAAGGAAGGAAAAGAAGGGGAAACAUCAUUUUUCACAGAAUUAAAAAGAGAAAAUGAAGAAGAAAAAGUUGCAUUCAGUUUAAACAAGGGACCAAGUACAUCUGCUGCAACGUCUUCAAAGUCAAGUACUUCUCUUGGUCCCAGUGCACUGCAGGCUGCAACUGCAUCAGUGAAACGAAAGGAAGCAAGCCACAGUUCUGAGUCUAAGGAGAAAAAGAAGAAAUCUGCCCUGGAUGAAAUCAUAGAAAUGGAAGAACAAAAAAAGAAAACAUCCAGAACAGACUAUUGGCUGCAUCCUAAUAUUGUUGUGAAAGUAUUAACCAAAAGGCUGGGCGAUAACUAUUACAAGAAGAAAGGACUAAUAAAGGAUGUCCAGGGGAAGUACACAGCGAUUAUAAAGAUGGUGGAUUCUGGUGACAAACUGAAAAUUGAUCAGGCUCAUCUGGAGACAGUCAUUCCAGCACCAGGAAAACGAGUACUGGUGUUAAAUGGUGGUUACAGGGGAAGCGAAGCCAUCCUCGAUUCUAUAGAUGAAAAGAAGUUUACUGCCUUAAUAACUAUUGAUUCUGCACGAGGAUUGCACAACACUUCACAUGCAGGGGCGCUUAAAAGGACGGAAAGUUGAUGUCCCAUAUGAAGAUAUUUCCAAGCUGGCUUGAAUAAUACGUUUCACAUAUUUUCUGAAAGACCUAGACACCAUGAUGCUAUCUUAGCUUUUCAAGAUAAUAAACUCUACUAUGUCAGAGUUAUCAUUAUUUGCACUGAAUAAUGCUUAACAUUGAACUCUUGAAAGUUUAAUGUUUCUGUUAUCACUAUGUAAAGUCUUCCCAUGUGUGUGAUUGUGGCAUGAAAAAUAAGUUUAUUUACAUUUCUCAUAUUACAUUUUUUUCCCAAAUACAUAAUAAAAUGUUUUCUCUCACCUACCCAGUGGUGUUUGGGUUACAAGUAGUCAAGAUCCAAAUCUUUGAUUUUAAUUGUUUUCCGAUUUAAUAUAAUUCUUGCACUUCUUCCUCCUUUUCUGCCAUAGCCUCAGUUCAGAGCACUGCACCGUUUGUUAAAAUAUCCUUAAAAUACCUUGUUAGAAUAUCCUUUAUUCAUUUCAUUCAUAUAUAACUUUUUAUAUUGAGAAAUGCAUACAUAUUUCAAAUUGUUCUAGUACUAGUUGGGAUUCUUUUUGUCAAUUUUGAAUGUGCUUACUCGUGUUUAUUUGAUUUUUUGUAAGUUUGACUUUCGUCUGGUCGAUACUGUGAGGGUGCAAAAGUUUUCAGCAGUCUUGUUGUAAAGAGUUAUAGCUAACAAAUCUAGAAUGGUACCAGAUAUAAUUUUAUGAAAAUUAAAAUACAUGCUUUCUGUAACAUGCAAAUGUAGGACCUUUGCUAUGACCCCUUUAAUAUAAUAUAUACUGGAAUUCCUCAAAGUCUUCCCAGCAGACACAUGGUGCUUCGAUACAGCUGGUCAAUAAUGUUAGGUCUGACUAUGUUCCA